GCCGUCGACCACAGCACCGCCUGUAGUCGGCUACGCAUCUCUCAUGGCCCCAGGACGCAGGCCAUCUGCCUCCGUCGGCCAUACCACAUCUUCCACACCCGCAGCAUCCUCAUCUGCUGCCGUCAGAACACACAGGAGUAACGACUCGCAACAUCACGCUUUUACUGCCCAGGCCACCCCGUAUUCUUCCUCCUCCACCUCAGGCCUCUCCCAUCAACAAAAGGUCAUCCAGGUUCUUGUAAAUAGACUCAAGAACAAGCUUCCCUGCCAUUCAGGUCUCGAACUGCCGCUGAUUGAGAACGACAGCGCAAUAGAAGAGACCAUCAGCUGCCUCGUUGAACUCUCCCGAGAUUCUCUCGAUGUCAUCGCUCUCGCUCUCACCGAGCUUCUGGAUAAGCUGCCCAAGCAAGCGGAUGUCAAUGUUCCGCGCACGAUCGACGUCCUCCAAUCCCAACUCUUCGUCCUCAAAGUCCUCUCCGUCGCCAUGGCCUCGCGCUGGCACCGUUACGCGGACGAAGCACGUCUCAAUAAUAAAGGCAAAUCCACCGCUCCUUUCUCCGCCCCAGAAUCACCCAUCCCCUCUACCGCCGGUCGUGCCAACUCGAGCUCCAACUCCAAAACCGGAUCAGGCCGCCAGGCGACGUCCUCCGACCACCUCGCCUCGCCAUCAGGAUGGACGGAACCCCCACCGUUAGACGACAAUUGCGCAAAAUAUAUUCUCAGUCUUAUGAUCGUUCUCCUCCGACAGACCUCUCCACCAGAAGGACGUCUGAUGUCCUCUGCUAAUCUUUCUUUCGAGGCGACGUUCCAUGACUUUGAGAGUAUUGAGCUGGACGAGGUGCCGGCGCAACCUUCAGAAUUCUUCGAUGUCGAUUUACCACCAGCGAACGCGGACGGUACCCCAGCUGAGCUGGAGGCGAACACCAAUGGGAAAACCCCUCGUGCUCAGAAACCCAUCGGAAAUAACUCGUCCACUUCCGUGAACUCUGGCGGGUACAGCACGAUGUCCAUCCCCCAACUCAACGUCAAGUUCGAGAAGACCCACAAGAUCCUUGCAAAGUCGUACUUCUCUCUCAACUCUCUCAUCCUCAAGUUCGCGGGACGCAUCGUCUACCACCUGUCUGCCUCCAACUGGCCCGUUGUCUUGCACAAGAUCAAGUGGAAGAUUGCUUUCUUGACGAAUACGACGGAGGACAACCCGGACAUUGUCGAUUUGCAUCUGAUGAAGCAUAGUGCACUCGACAAGACGCGACUCGUUCAGAUUCUACAAGAACUCGGCUCCCAGCUGAUCAACAUGAAACGAGAAGCGAAAGUCGCCGUCGCCAUACCUCUCAGAACGGCAUGUUGGAACUGGAUCGACCUUUUCCCAGUCGAGUUCAACGAAGCCCUUCGUUCUCUCAGACGUAUGGACAGCGCACCGGAGCGUGUCUUUGAUCUCCUUUGGGACCAGAGCGAGCCGACGACGGGGACUAUCAACAACGCGAAAGCGGUGUGGCCGACUUUGGCUGUUCUCGGAUGUAUCUCGGCGGAAAGGAUGCGGAACGAGUUUUCGAGUAAUAUCGUGGCUUCCGGACAGAGCAAGCACAACAUAGCAAAGUUUAUGUCUAGCUUGUUGAAGCAUGGAGAGUCAAAUUCGAAGCUGAAGGACGUGGCUAUCGUGUGCUGCCUCGAUGUCUGCAGAGGGGCGAUACGUGUCCGUCCCGAGGGCGAUCUUCCUAUCAUUUCACUAGCGUACGAUAUUAUGCAUGACGUCAAGAACAUUGUGUUGAAGUACUAUCAGAACAGACCGUUCUGGGAAUCAACUGAAGAGAUCGAUGUGGCGCUGUUCGCAGAUGCGCUUGUGGCUUUGUACCGAUUCACACCGUUGGAGGAUUCCAUGGUGCUGCUCACGACGUGUUUAGAGCCCGAACGGUCUGAUGCCGUUAAGCUUUGUGUGGUCAAGGCCCUGAUCACUCUUACUACUGAAGCCCGGGUGCUUCCAUGGCAGAACCCCGUAGAACCAUUGUACGCCCUAGCCCACCGUUUCCGAAACAUCUUCAAAUUCGGCGGCGUACGUCGUACCGAGAUCGACGCCAACGGCACGCUCCGACGAACAGCCUACCGUCCCAAAGCCAAACGCUUCACCGCCGAAACCGUCGCCGACCGCGAACUCCUCCUCAUCGGGAUCCUGCACCUCUGGAAAACCUCCGUCGCCUGGAGCUUCACGGACUUCACGAUCGACGAAGUAUCGGAAUGGAUGCCCAUCGCCAUGCGUGUCUGGGAGGAGCAGACGGACUCGAGCGUGCAGUACGCUAUUUCGAUGGCGUUGUUCCAUGUGGGCAAUCAGGUCGGGACGAUCAAGAAGAGCGAUCCGCUUUUUGACCUUGGGGUGGCGUGGCAGACGGUGGGACAGGCGGCGGCGUUGAGGACGGUGGCGUUGCAGAUGUUGCAUACGAGGAUGGAUCAGGAGAAGCAGAGGAUGUGGGCGGAGAUUGGGCAUGCGUUGAUAUUGUUGUAUAUCCGUGAUCUUCCCGAGGAUACAGUCUUUUACCAGACUAAGAUGGCGGAGUCGCGCGUUCCCGCUCUCGCUCUGAUGGAGAUAGCGAGCGCCGUCUGUCUCGCCUCCGCCGAUUCUGCCGUCUCUCGUCUUUCGGCGCACAAUUUACGGGUCAUAGCCUUGGCCGAGAGGAUGGUGAAUGUUAAGGUGCACGAGGCUUGGAGCGAAGAGGAUCGUGUCAAGCGGUUCACUGCCUACGAACAGAUAGGAGAUCCUAAAAUCAUUGUCACAGGUCGUGUGGCGUGGCAGAAAAGGCUCAGAAAGCAUGUCCGGACGAUGAUAUCGCCGACGCCGUUCACCGUUGCCAUCUGGGAGGAGUGUUACUACCGCUGGUGUGCUCUGACGGAGCUCGUCAUUCGAGCACCGUUGGAUCCUCUCACUGCCGACGGGGUACAAGGAGGACACGUCCCGACUGGUGACAAGUCCUUGUCGCUCGAAGAACAACAGCAUUCGUGGCAGAACCUGACGCUGAUGCUCGCAGCCUGUGGGUCGGUGUGCUUAGAAGAGCAGCACGAGCCAGAAUCGUUACAAGGAAUCAUCCCCGCCGAACUCUUACCCGACUCUAUGCGUGUGCUCAGAGACCCGAGAGAACUGAUCACCACUUUCGUAACCUACCUCAUUGACUUAUUGAUCUCGGAUUCGAUCAUGGCCAGGGAGAUCUCGAAGGAGGCGUUGGGGACGGAGCUGAGUCCGAAGCUUUAUGGGAAGCUGUUCAGGCAUCUGGACGAGGUCAUUCAGGAUAUCACCCAAGGCAGCAAUUUGGACUGGUCGGAACAUUUCGCGAUUUUUCUGGAUCAGUUCAUUGCGGUCUUGAAGCUUUUGGUCGAGAACACUCAGGCGAGCGACGACCUUUUGGCCGUGGAUAUGACACCGACUUUGAAUGCCCUCGCGGGCUUCAUCACCCGGUUUGGCGAUCCGGCGUCUUGGCGUGUAAGGCUCAAGUUCUGCCAGCUUUGCGAUAGCGUGUAUUCGAGAACGGAUAUGUUGGCACUGAGGAAGGAAUCGACCACUCGCCAGCAGGUCCUCGAUGUCGUCAUGGACUGGAUCCAAGACCCGCAAGCUACCGGCGACCCGGAGUUGGCAAGAUUGCAGCAUGAGGUGAACAUCGCGAGUCUGAAGGCCGCGGUGCAUUUCAUGGAUCGGCUGCAGUUGAGGCCGAUGGAUGGGUCUGGGAGUGAUGAGUCGGGCCACGUCGUGUCGAGGUUGUUCAUUCGGUAUUCGAAUCUCAUCCUACGCCUGUUGGACUUUGCUCGUACCGAUGCUCCUCAGGACGACGGUCUGUCCGAAGUGUCGUCCUUUUCGCAUCGGACUCGUCUCUGGCAACGCGACGUCGAGUUACGGGACUUGGUCAUCGAGGGUCUCGCUCGGCUCAUCAGCGCGAACACCGAGAGUGGCGUCAAGCACAGUCUGCCGUUGGCGUACGACGGCGAUACUUCGAAGAGGAUCAUCUUUGCGCACGUUUUUGCUCGGGUUAUGGGACAGGGCGCUACCUUCGAGUCGGCGGAGAGCUCGGCUAUUCUUGGGAGUCGGAGUCGGCUGUGCGAGCUGGUGAAAGGUCCUGACAUGGUCCUCGUUCUGGCAAUCUGCGAAACUUGUCCUCCUGGAGAAAUUGACCAGGUUAUCCCUGUGCUGCUUAACAUCUUCGACACUCGAACCUCCCUCAUGAACUUGAUGAAGGUCUUGGUCGACCGUGAAAUCGCUCGUACAGAGAACGAAGCUGAGCUCUUCCGUGGCAACUCGAGUUGCACUCGUCUGCUUUCUGCCUUUGCGCGCAUACAUGGUUACACAUACCUCCGCAGCCUCCUCAUUCCACUGAUCAAGACUAUGACCACUUUGCCGCCUGGGCGCGGUUACGAGCUCGAUCCGUCGAAGGCUGGUGACCAGGAUGUGAAACAGAACCAGAAGAACGUCGAGUUGGUCGCGUCGUCGUUCCUGGAGAUCAUCUCUGCGUCGGUGCCGGCUCUUCCUUCGAUGUUCCGCGAGCUUUGUGCGCAUAUAGGGAAAGCAGUGAACCAAGUGUGGCCCGAAGCGAAGUUCGCUGCGUUGGGAGCAUUCAUCUUCUUACGGUUCAUCUCACCUGCUGUGGUCGCGCCUGACAUUGUCGAUGUGGAGAUACCGAAGGACGACGGUGGCAUCAUCCGUCGUGGGCUCAUGGUCAUUGCGAAGAUCAUCCAGAACCUUGCGAACAACAUCUUCUUCGGCAAGGAGGCCUACAUGGUUGCGUUGAAUGACUUCCUCGGAAACAACAUCAUCAAUGUGACUAGGUUCCUUAGCGAGCUCAAUAAGUACAAUCCUUUGCCAGGUGAGGAAGAGCCAGAGGAGUGGACUGGCCUCUCCUACGACGACACCGAUACUAUCGUCCUCCACCGGUUCUUCGAGAAACACGCGGACAAGGUUGGCAAGGAAUUGCUCAGUCUCUCGAAGCCUUCGGCGGAAGGAGAUUCGUCUGCGAUCAAGGGACAGCAGGCGUGGGCAUCUCUUUGCUCGGCGCUGGUCGACCUUGGCGCACCCAUCGAGAUUCCGCGACUUUCGAUACUCUCUAGCUCGCAACAUCGAGAUUACCUUGAGCUUCUCAACAGGAACGACCGUCAUAGUGUAUCUUCUGUGCGAGAGAUCUUCGUGGAGACUUUCACUGACAAGGAUGAGCCCGCCGUCUUCGUUCUGUUUGCAUCGAAACUUGACGUGGAGACCGUGGACAUCGAAUUGCUACUGUAUCACAUCUUCAAGACUUUGACAGCACCAGCGUACGAGAAUCGGAUGUUCGACAUCAUCAUCGACUGGACUUCGUUCUCGUCGUCCUCGCAAGUACCCUUCCAGUGGCUGAAGUAUUGCGUGGAGAUGUUCCCAGCGGAUGUUCGCUCACGUUUCCUUACGACGUAUUUCCUCAAUCCCAAUGCGGCGGCGCAUAAGUAUUUGCGGAGGUUGUACAAUAUCACAGCCGGUUUGAGCCUCUGUAGUGAAGUGCGAGCAUGUUCGUCGACGGACGAGCUGCAGCAUUAUGUCCCUGCGACGUGUGUUGCACCGCUUGUCUACGCAACGAGCCUCGAGCAAGAAUCCAAUGAAGAGAUCCCGCAGAUCACGAUGCGCCACUCGCAUCAUAUACGGAUCCCUGUGACGAUGCACGUCGGGAAUAGUCACAUUCGUAUCACCUCGGACAAAACUCAGCCCAUCUCGCAGACGCUGGCAUGCAAGACGGUCGAGAUCAUCCCUCUCUCGGAAGUCAGCGACGUUUACAACGUCUCCACAGGCCACGAUCCAUCGGAGUUUAUCAUUCGGAAGGCGAGAAAUGCUGUUACCAUGUACUUCUCCUCACCGGUGCGAGACCACAUCGUCAAGUCGAUCCGCGCUGCAAAGAGCCGCAUGAGGCCUAUGCCCUUCCCGGGAACCGAGCGAUUCUCAAGGCUAUCUAACGUCAGCGCGACUCUGCUCCACAUUGCCUUCCUGAAUAUGGGUGUCGACGAGGACGAACUGAGAGGAGCUUCCUACGAGCUCCUUUCGGCCGUGGUCGAAUCUUUCAACCUCGACCACAACCCGGUGUUGACUCUCAAAGGUAUCUGGGCUACAGGAUCGACACUCCCCGUCCUUUCCCAGAUGAGCGAGCGCAUCUCCAAUUUGGUCCCAUAUUUGACCCUCGAUUUCAUCACCGAAAUCGUACGAGUCAUGGAGAAGGCCGGACCCGCUCAGCGAUUACACUGUCUGACGUACAUGUGUCCCUGGCUCAAGAACUUAUCCAACUUUGUCGACCCUACCCAUCCGAACUAUGAUCACGCCAGCACGAAGCUUCGUGACUGUAUACGCCUGCUCAUCGAGGCGACGCUAAACGACGUUCAGGGUCUGGCGGUGUCUCAGAAACUCAUCUGGACGGAGAUCGCAAAGGGUGACGCACAGUUGAUAUCCCUCGCUCUGGACGAGUUGAUGCGAGCUGCGAUCGAUGGAGGUAUCGGAUCUUCGCGUUGUGAGAGCAUCGCUCUCAUUAUGAUGCCGCUCUCGUCGAUCAAUGUACGCGGUCAGAUCCUGUCGAAGAUGCGCAAGGCGUUGGGCAAGACCUCCGUGAAGCCCACCAAGAACCUCGCCGACAACGCACAUUGGAACGAAAUCGCGUCACUGGCUCGGCUUGCACUGGUCGCGAGUCAGCAAGUCAAGCAGCCAGUCCUCAGCAACCUCUACGUCCCGGAAGUCAUUCAUAUGGUCACCCUCAUUGCGGCCACAGGGGACUCCUUGAUUCGAUGCACCGUCUGGGGCCUCGUCGUCGAUCUCGUCAACUCCCAGUGGAUCACGCGCCCAACGGAUCCUGCAAGCCCAGAAAUCCGUCUCUUGUUCGAAGAGUGUAGUGACCCGAAGACCCUCAAGCUUUUCGGUCUCCAUCGCGCGUCCCGAACGAGCGAGCUCAUUGCUCAUGAUCCGAAAAGUGAUAAGGACCUAUUGGACAACCAGGACGGCCUUACUCGUUUCCUACUUAGGAUCAUGGAAUGCUGUGCGCAACCCAAAGGUUUGCUGAACGUGUGGCGCGCUCGUUGGAUGAGUCUGGUUACUUCGACUGCCUUCCAAGUCUCUCCUGCCAUACAAUCUCGGGCAUUUGUCGUUUUGGGCACGUUAGCGACGACGGAGGUGGACGAUGACUUCUUCUACCAGAUGCUCGUCGCGUUCAAGACCGCUUUGCAACAGUCCAGUGGUGAAGCAGACACUGCGUCGGUCGUCAGCAUGUUACGAUGCCUGCGCAACGUUGUCCCCGGACUGGUACCCGAUUCUCGAUAUUUGGCCCAAGUAUUCUGGCUGGCCGUCGCGCUCCUUCAAUCCAGUUACAUGGCGUUCUUCAACGAGGCCGCGCUUCUCCUCCGCGAGACGUUGGAGUCCUUGUACAAGCAGGGACUGUUACUCCGAGGAGUUUCUGUGACACUUCUCGACCACCGAUCGCCUCUUGAAGAAGUGGCUUGCCAGCUGGAUCAACUUUUAGGGGUUUCAUUCGAUUCCAGUUUCUCCUUCUCCCUCGCCGCGAUCAUUUUCAAGGGCCUUCGCCACCCUCCUCUACGGGAUGCUGCCAUCGAAGCUCUGAGGACGCUGCUCCGGGUCAGCGCACGAGCAGUACCGGAGUUUGAGGUUCAGAACGAAGGGGUGGGUUCAGCGAUCGUCCCGGAUGCUCUGGGAUACUUCCUUGCUCUUUUGCCAGUAUCCACGACCACGAGCAGUUUCCGCGAACUGCUGUCGGACGCGAAUGCAGACGCGUAUUGGCAAAUCGAGGAUGGUGUCACGCAACCGGACGAUUCACGGGUUCCUCGUGUUCCGUUUGAGCUUCUCGGGAUCACAGACCAGAACACGGCCGUUCUUUCCAUCACUUUCAUCGGCACCAUGCUCGCAAAUGCUCAAGGAGACGAUGCGGAGACGGAGAUCAUCAUGUCCUUGCUAGCGGAUCUUGCUCUCAAUUAUCCUGAAAUCGUGUCUCUGAUAUAUGAAGGGCUCCAGGACAAGAUUCAAGACACUUUCGCCAACUCGUCCAAGCCAGCCAUCCUUAGUGCGACUUCGAGCGUCUUCCACAUGGUCAUGCUUGAUCCUACUCAAAGUAACCUCCGCGGCUCGGUUUCGACGCUGAGUACGGUCGAUGAGACGGGUAACGGUAAUCCAAGUCAUAGUCGACACCUGAUGUUGGCAUUGGAGGAGCUGGGAAUGGCUGGGCUGGCGAACAACUUCUCUUUCUUACCUUCUAAUCGACCUCAAGCCACACGGAAAAUCAUCGACUGGAUCUCUGAACUGGUUCUGCGCAUCAUAGAGUAGUCACCCCCCUUUCACGCUCACUUCUCAUCGUCGUUUGUCUUCACGGAUCUGGAAUCAUUCUUUGUUUUUAUAUAUUUGCGGCUCUCUCUAUUCCCUUGUGUCUCGAUAUUUGCUCAUUCCCUCUUGACUUUUCGCCGAGGUUCUAUUGCAUAUUUAUAGGCUUCUGCUUUCGUUCUGUCUCUGUCCGUUGACCCUACUUUUCGUUAAUUGAGGUGCUGUGUGUACAUUAGACGUCCUUCAUGUAUCUACGAUAUCCUACUACCGUCGCUUUCAGCCUCCUUUUAUUUUCUGCUCGUCCUGCGGGGCUGAUCAACUCCCUGUCCUAAUGUCGUGAUCUGUG